GGCAACAACAGACCGUACAGACGUUGUUUUUCUGCAAGUGAGAAAUAACCGAGUUGUAGCAACAGGAGAAGAGGUCACUUAUCUGCAGCCUGGAGGCUUUGAGGAAACGACAAAGCGAGUCAUCAUGUGAAAGAACUUAUGUGGGAAACGGACAAAAGGGCUGGAAUACGAGCGGAAUAGAAAGUAGAAGGGCGUGAGCGGAAUGUCCGUGGAUGAGAAGCCUGAAGCCCCCAUGUAUGUGUAUGAGUCGACAGUUCAUUGUACCAAUAUCCUCCUCUGCCUCAACGACCAGCGGAAGCAGGAUAUCCUGUGCGAUGUGACUGUCCUGGUGGAGGGCAAGGAGUUCCGCGGGCACCGGUCCGUGCUGGCUGCCUGUAGCGAGUACUUCCUCCAGGCGCUGGUGGGCCAGGCAGAGAAUGGCUUGGUUGUUAGCCUUCCGGAAGAGGUCACUGCCAGGGGAUUCGCUCCAUUGUUGCAGUUUGCCUACACUGCUAAGCUGUUACUCAGCAGAGAAAACAUCCAGGAGGUCAUUCGAUGUGCCGAAUUCCUGCGCAUGCACAACCUCGAGGACUCAUGCUUUCGUUUCCUGGAAGCUCAGCUGCGCAGCGAGGAGGAUGGCUUGCUGCUCUGCCACAAGGUGGCAGCAGAGGUGAACAACUCAGAGGAUGAGAGCAUGCAGUCAGAAGUGGAAAAGCCCACCUCCCCCAAGGCACGGCGGUGUGCUGACACCCUCACCUCCUUCGGACAUCCUGACGAUGAUCGACUAGCAAUGGCUAUUCCUAGUAACUUCGCAGAUGGCCGGCUGGACUUUGAUCGGCACGGAGCAUCAGACCUGCCGCGAUGCCCCAAGUACAGGAAAUACCAGUGGGCUUGCAACAAGCACAAUAAUGACACCUCCUCACACACCAGUACCUCAGGUUUUCCAAGCACAUUAAAGGAGAGCAGCGUUAGCGGAGCAGUGCCAGGUCAGGGAAGGCUGCCUUUGGCACAGAUCAAAGUUGAACCACAGGCAGACGAAGAGGCCAUCUCAUUGUGCCUGUCAGGGGAUGAGCAGGACCCCAGGGAUAAGGACAGUGUCACAGCCAUGGAAAUGGAUAACCCAAUAUCUGUGGAAAGAAACAAGAGAACUAAGUCCCCUUCCUGCCUCAGAGCCUUCUUCAAGAAAGGGGUGGACCUCCCCAGUCUGCCCAACACAUCACAGCAGCUAUUUGCCAACAGACUUGUCUGCCCCCAGGACAAAGGAAACUCUCAGGGAGAUCAUAAAAAAGACUUCAGGCCUUUCACUGGGGAGCUGGGUCUGUCUGUUACAUCCCCAAAGGAUGUGGACGGUUUCCCUGCAGGGUUGUCCCUCAAGUCCGCUUCCUGCGAUGGGGUCUGCAAACAGGAAGUUGAGCUAGACCGCCGUAGUGUCAUAUUUUCCUCUGGGGCCUGCAACCGUCUGGGAACCCCAGCACAUUCCUACCCUGGUGGGAACUCUUUGGAGAUGGAGCUCUCUGAGCACAUGCCGAAGGGCCUGUGGGCUGGAGCUAGCCAGUCCCUUCCCACCUCCCAGACCUAUUCUCCCAAUGCCACCUCCACUGAGCCCCCACUCCUGUGCCGCCCACGACCCAAUACCAGCUGCCCAGUGCCAAUCAAAGUGUGCCCUCGCUCGCCGCCUUGUGAGACACGCACCAGGACUUCCAGCUCCUGCUCUUCAUACUCCUAUGCCGAGGAUGGCAGUGGAGGCUCUCCCUGCAGCCUGCCCCAGUUUGAGUUCUCCUCCUCUCCAUGCUCCAAUGUGGCACGCUGCCUCAAUGUGGACCAGCAGGAGCAAAGUGUGGGCGGGGAUACCCUUUUUAACCAGGUGCGACCCAAGAUCAAAUGUGAGCAGUCCUACGGCACCAACUCCAGCGAUGAGUCAGGCUCCUUCUCAGAGGGAGACAGUGUACAGGAGCGAGGGCCAGAGGUGAAGCUGCCUUUCCCUGUUGAUCAAAUCACAAAUCUUCCACGGAACGACUUCCAAAUGUUGGUGAAAAUGCACAAACUGACCUCGGAACAGCUCGAGUUUAUCCAUGACGUGAGGCGCCGGAGUAAGAACCGCAUCGCGGCGCAGCGCUGCCGUAAGAGGAAACUCGACUGCAUUAUGAACCUGGAGUGUGAGAUCAGAAAACUGGUGUGUGAGAAGGAAAAGCUGCUGACGGAGAGGAACCAGCUGAAGGCGUGUAUGGGUGAGCUGUGGGAGAACUUCUCCUGUCUGUCCCAGGAGGUGUGCAGGGACGUCCAGCUGAGCCCUGAACAGGUCCAGUCUUUACAUCACUACUGCCCCGUGCUACGGCCCGCCAACUCCACUGCCAGCAUCAACGCUGCCCACGAGCCCAAGCCUACCCCCAGCCCCGCCAUCAACACCACCACCAGCAUCGACCUCACCGCCCACUCGGGCUCAGCCACGCCAGAGCCCAGCUUCCACGGGUCGCCCGGCCCCUCAGAGAGCGAGCCCGACUCGGCCGUCAGAAACGGGGCAGACAAAGAUAUGGACGGCCAAGACGCCAGCUUGUACACAAAGUCAGGACAGUCCACGGAAAAAUCCAACCAGACGGUAACAGUGGAUUUUUGCCAGGAAAUGACUGAAAAAUGUACAACUGAUGAGCAGCCAAGGAAGGAUUGUACUAAGUAGUGGUGGUUCUCUGUUUUGAUGUUUUUGAUGUUUUUUAUUAUUAUUUAAUUUUACUCUUCUGACAAACCCUCUCUCGGGGUUGCUGAGAUGGUCAGCCUCUGCCAGUGUUCACUGAAAAACAAGCUUUGUUUGAGUUUAUGUCUUUUUGUGCUGUCUUUGUUUUGUUUUUGUUUUUUUGAACGGUUGACACUAAAGUUGUCUUAACAGCAGCAAUACUGUUCUCCAGGUAUUCUCCUCUUACCAUGACAGAGUGGGAACUUCUCACCAAACCCUAACAAUGGUGCUAACCCCGACAGCAACCUCUACAGUGGAGACUCUGUUCUUCAUGUGUCACACAUCACAACUCAAAGUUGAACCUCAUCGGACCUAAGCAGCAGCUCUCUGUCUCUCUGUGUACCAACAGAAUCUGUUCCUGCCUUUCUCUUUCACAUUUGCUCUUCUUUUUCCCACUCUGUCUCUAUCAAUCUUCUCUACCUCUUUCUGUCUCUUUCUCUUUCUCUCUGUCUGUCUGUGGUUUUUAUCUAACUAUAUCUCAGUGGCCCUUUUCGUCACAGCAAUUCAAACUCAGGAAAAAAAAAUCCUCUGAAUGUUCAACCGAAUUCAUGAAAAAUGAGAAUACAGCUUCUUUACACGAGGAAGUUACAAUGCAGUUAGACUGUAAAAUGUUCAUAUGCAAAAAUGUCUUCAAGCGUCUGGCAUUUGUAUUUCUGUACAGGAGAAUUUUGUACAGGCUGUAACCGAAAACAUUCCUCCUUUGCCUUCCUCAGCACUGAUUUGAAAGGAAAAAAGGUUUUUUUUUUGCAGGCAGUUAAAUGGCUACUUUUAUUUCCCACUCAUCAGCAAUACCAUUGUAUUUGGAUGUUGUAACGGUGAUUUUCAAGUGCUUGUUUGGCAGAAAUGUAUAUAGUAUGGAGCAUGAUGACUGUAACAGUGAUUUUGUACAGGUAGAGGCUUAGAUGUUUCUUUUUCACGGGGUUAUAUCAAGCACCUUUUUGCUAAGGGAAAAUCUUUGCUUUGCUGUUUCCUGUCCUGCCUAAUGAAUGCUCCCCAUCACAGUGAGUGUUCUUAUACUCAGGAAAUCAGCUUGAUACAUACACAUACAGUACACACAGACACAUGCGUCAACACAUGUAACAUUUUGAGCCCCAUGCAUGUAUAAAAUUAGACAUUCAAGACGUGUUUUAACGCGAGGCUCAGGCCAGCUCCUCUCCACCUUUGACUCCUCUUUAAAUGUGAAAAAAAAAAGAGUUCUGCCUUGUGUUUUUUGGAAGAAAUCUUAUUUCUUAUCAGUAUUUGAAGAUGCUAUUUGUGUACACUGUCGCAGACAUGCAUUGGAUUUCUUCAGUGUUGCCAUUAGAAAGCAAAAAUCGCUGACAACAUAUAAGUGACAGAUACUUUAAGUUUUUUUCAAAUUGAUCCUGAAAGAAAUGAGCAUCUAUUGACUAAAAGAAAAAAAUAUUGAUUCAAAUCAGGCACUUUGUUUCUGGCCCCAAUCGCUCAGAGCCAUUUAGCACUUCAAUAAGGGUGUUUGUCUUUGUUUUAGACCCUUUACAAGUCUCAGACUGGAGCACUUAAAUUGGCACUUCAAGAGGAAACGUCUUGUUGAAAUGGUUAUAUACAAAUAAUAUCUCUCAAUGAAGAAAUGUAUCUGAAACUAAACACAAAAAGAAGCUAAUGUUUUAGUAUAAGAGUGUUCACACCUUAUAUUUGUAUUUCUUUAGGAAUUGAAUAAGCUCAUUCAGAUUUCAUUUCAUGUGAAAGCAUUGUAUGUGUUGUCCAAAUGAUUGAGUAACAAUCAUAUAAGAUAGUAACACGUUUGCCCUAAUUGUGCAUUUGUUUGAACAUCCUCCUUUGUGAUGUGCAUGCAUGCUGCCUAUAGCUAUAGGCCUAGUUAGUUUGUCUAGCUUCUGUUUACCUCGUAAGUUUUCUCUGGAGCAGUCUGCUUUUUAAAUGAUAUAUUUUUUAAAUUUCUGUGUAUAAACAGGCAUGAUGAGCUGAAUCACCCUCACUAGAGACAGGCUUCAAGUACAAGCAGGGCCAUACUCUAGCACAAAGGUUGAAAUCUAUUGGAAUAUGAAGUUGUUCUUUAAAGCCCCAAUCCAAAAUGGCAAUACCUGUUAGCCUGAUGUCACCUGUAGUUCAGCUGCUGUUCCAUUAGCUUCUCUGCAUCAUUGAGAUGCGUGCAAACAUUUACUAUUCUCACUCUGAGACAAAGGAGUAUAUACUUCAGUACUUGCAAUUAAAAACCCUUCCUGAUUUGAAAAAAAGUUCAUAUUGACUGUAUGUGGGGAAUUAUAUCAAAAGUAGGUUGAGAUAUUGUCAGCAUUUUUUUUUCUUUUUAAAUGCUGACUUGUUAAAACUUGAGUUGGACUCCCUUGCUUGGUUUGGAGCUGUAACUGCUGCUACAAAGCUCCACCCCUUUUGAUGUAAUCAUACUUUCAAGGUAGCCUCAUACAAGUGGGCACAAAAUGUUUUACACCAUUUGAAGGAGGUUCAGCUCAUCGUAUCAGUUUAUAUUUUGAAAUGUGAAUCUUUGAAAAAACCCAAUUCAAAAUCACAUUGACAUUUUAACAAUGUUUGCCUAUAAAUGCAGACUAACAACAUAUUUAUGCUGUGUGGUUCAUGCACAGGAUUUUAUAAUUUACUUUGUUAAAAUCACAAAUUUCAAAUUUCAAUAGAAAGUGCUGUAGUAAAUACUCAUUUGUCUCACAAUAUGGACAGCAAACCAGCAAAACAGUGUUUCAGUACUCUUUAAGAUUUUUUUAAAGCUACAAAACUUGAAUUCCCGAAAAAUCUUUUUAUUUUUGGCCAAAUUAGUCUGGGAUUGGGGUUUUAAACUUUGGAUUCAAUGUUUUGAAGUUCUCCCCCUGACUUUAACGGAUGUAAAUUUUAGAUGUAGUUUUAAAUAUGAUGUCUCGUGUGAGACUGUUUCAGAUUAAGUGUAUUUAAACCUGUCUUAAAAUUCUUAAAAGACUGGUACAUAGACCCAUGCACAAACACAUGCACACAUACACGUAUAUUCAUACAAUACACACACAGUACAUACGCUGUGGCACAGCCUAAGUGUGGAGAAGUAGUGGUUCUUCAUCGACUGGUGUUGUUUUUCGUGUUUGUUCAUCUCUUUAUCCUAUUUGUGCUCUGUUCAUUCUUUUUUGCAUAUUUUCUGCAGCACAACAGUAUUGACCCAUGUUCAAGCCAGACAACUAAAGUAGAACCAUCUACAUUACAGAAUCUUCUUUACGGCAAAUGUUAUGCAAUCCAUUUUCUAUUCAUGUGCUUUACAUUUGCUUGAUCCUACAUUAAGGAACCUAGGUGUUGCAUUUGAGAGCGCCGACUUUCUGUUUGGAGAAAAAAAAUAUUGACACUUGAGACGUUUUUGGAUAGCAGAAUUUAUUUUAUACAUAUUGAUCUUAGGAUAAACAGAGGCCCCUGAGGGUCUUUCUCCAAUCAGAAAAGCUGUUUGUUUAACACUGACUGUUUGGUAACAAAGUACAGUAACAGGUAUCACCUUCACUGGUGGGAUGAGUUCAUGUCAGCAUCUACAACAUGUCCACUGUUUUUUGAAGGGUCAGUUUAAGUUACAAAAAUUAAUUAAAAUAAAAUUCUCACUUGUGUCUUGUGACAUCUAGUCCUGCAGAUAGUUUCAGUUUUAUUGGUCCAGGUUUUUAUCUUUGUAAGAUUUCUGCAUACAGAGGAGGAAUUGUCUUUGUGGUGCUCACAUCACUCAGGACAUUCAUAUAUAGAUAUCUUCCUCUUAUAAUCACAUUGCUGUAAACAGUACUUUUUUUCAGAACUAGUCUCAAAACAUUGAUGAAUAAAAUAUAAAACUAUAUGAAUGGUUAGAUACCACUAGAGGUAAGUGAGAAAAAUAUUUUUUUGUCAUUUGGGUGAACAGACCCUUUAGUGUCUCAGGGUGCCAAGCAUUUAAACAUGCUCUCUAUAUCACUCUGAAGCAGAUUUGUUUGUUUGUUUGUUUGUUUUAAGAGUCAAACAAAGCAUCCCUGAAAACAAUUUGUCAAUGUUACUUACUGUAUUCAUUGAUUUUGGCCACUUAGGGGCAGCAGAGCAAGCUUUUAACAUAACAUGGACAUAUUAUCACUUUCUAAACGUUCAGUGGCUUACAAUUUGGCAAAGUGUUGCCUACUAACACAUUGAGCAGGCACAGGGCAACAUCAUCAUUCAUUUGGUGUGGUGUACUUCCAAUAACCCUUUUAGCUUUGCUUUUUGGUGUCCACCAAUUCCUGAGAGAAAUAUUUGUCUCUUUACCUGCUAAAUGCUCGACUAUUGUCACCAGCUAGUAUCUGUUCCAUUUGGUACUCAGCAGGUAGCAAACACUGAGUUUAAUAAAGAUCUUUUGUGAAAAACAGCUGCCUGCUGGAAACAAGAUCGAUGAAUUUGCUGAUUGGUAACCAAAACAAUGAGCUAAAAGAGUUCUGAAGAGCUAAAGAGAAGUUUUGGGGAUACUUUUCUGCUGGUAUUUCUCUACAAGCAACCCCUUUCACAUUACACAUAGUCAUCUGAUCUGAUCUGACGACUAUAUAAAAUACAGAUUUUUUUUUUGUGGCUUUAGAAUUAUGUAACAGUAAUAAUGGGCAUGAACACCUAAAACAAAUUUAAGAAACUGAGAGACACGAGGAAUCCUCCGGGUUACAUUUUUGGCUAUAGUCAACAGUGGAUUGCUGUUGCUGUAAUUGAAAGCUCAUACCUUAUUUGCUGUGUAUUUGUCUUGUUUGAUUAAACAUUUUUUGUUGCUGCUUCUCUGAAACAAACACUGGCUUUUCAACUCCAAAGGUAGUUCUUUAAAAGAUUAUGAACAAAAAACAUGCCUUUCUCACAGACUGCUCAGCUUUAUUUAAAAAGAAAAAAAAAUCUGGUAUCCUGGUUGAAUGCACAGGCUGAGAUUAUUGAGUAAAAUAUAAAAAUGGAAAAUGUUUACAAAAAGGUGUCAUGUCAUGUUUGAUCAAUUUUUGCCAUGUAAAAAUUGUUCGGUUCAAUUGGACUGGUUUUUGGUGUUGUGUAAAGAGACAAAGAAUGAGUUUCCUCACCUUGUCUUUAAUCCACUUUUGGGAUGGGUCAGCAUUACAUGGAUACAAGUGCACCUCCGAUAUUUGCCUUAGAACUUGCAGAGGCCAUAGUUCACAUUCAAGUGAAGUGAGUGUAUGCAGGGGCCUGGGCCCCCAUCCCUGAGUCACCAGUGCGGACUUUCUCACACUUAUCUACCUGUGAAAUCCUUCAUACCUCUCAUAACUGGUCAAUGACUGUAUCAGCAAACUGCAUCAGGUGUUUUUUCUACAUGCUUUUUACACAGAUUAUAUGGAUUAUUGUAUUAGUAGAUUUUGGUGCAUCAUUUUUAAUGUAAUAGCUCUUA